AUGACCAUAACCAUUCCUAGUCAUGACUUUCACGUCAUUAUUGUGGGAGCUGGGGCCACGGGGCUUCUCAUUGCACAAGGGCUGAAACAGGCCGGAAUCUCCGCUACUGUUUUCGAAAAGUACCCGGAAGAAGAAUAUGAAGAGAGGUCGGGUAAAUGGACUAUGGCUCUUCACUGGUCUAUUCAGCACAUCGAAGCCUGUCUUCCUCCUAAGAUCUUCGAGCAACUGAAGUCUGCAGAGACCAACCCAUGGGAAGAACAAGACCCCACUGAAGCUGGCAGCAUUCCUGUGGUUAAUGGUCGCACAGGCGAGUUGCUGGCGAGGGUUCCUAUGCCGCACCCGAAGCGGAUUGUGAGGGGGAAGCUGCGCGAAUUGUUUAGAAAAGACAUUGACGUCCAGUUUGAACACGUCUUGAGUGAUCUUCAAAUUGAUAAAGAGGGUGUCACUGCCAUCUUUAACAAAGGCGGAAAAACAGUUAAAGGGGCCGUGCUCAUAGGUACCGACGGAGCAAGAAGUGCGGUUAGAGAUCACCUCGUCGAUAGAAAGACUGGACAACUUGAUAAAGCGAAUAUCAUGAUUUUGAACGCCUAUCCAACAUUCACCGAAAAGCAAGCCUUAUUUAUCCGGAGCAAGGGCCACCCCAUUGCGCAGUGCAAGACAAUAUUUGCUAACCCGACCGUAGUGGCCGACAUUGUGGAUGUUAAGAAGCCCGAGACUUGGGUUUUUCAGUUCACUCUGUCAAUUUGGACAGAUGAAGCUCCGCCCACUUCUGAUGAGGAAAGAAGGCACCUUUUUAGGUCUUACCUGUCCACAUACUGUGAGCCAUAUCGAUCAGUAGCGGCUUGGUUGGCGGAAGAUAUCUAUAUCAAUGGAGAAAGUUUCCAUUAUUGGGGGAACAUAGCGCCAUGGGAUAACUACGCUGGCAAGGUCACUCUGGCUGGUGAUGCUGCUCACCCGAUGGUGCCAUUCCGUGCACAAGGCUUGAACAACGCCAUGGAGGACGCAAGGCUCUACGUCGAGGCCAUCAAAGCCGUGGUGCUCAAGAAUGAGAGCCUGAAAUGCAGCAUCGACGUCUACGAUGACUCCGCUUUCAAGCGAGGCAAAGCAGAUAUUGAACUCUCGAACGAUCAGAUGUUUGCUUAUCACCACUGGGACCGUGUUAUGGACGGACCUUUGAUGAAGGGGGGGUACAUGAAACCAAGCGAGCAUCAAGUACUCCCUCAGGCUGAUUGA